AUGGGGUGCCGGGGACAGCGGCUGCUCUGGAGCUGGGUGCUGUGGGGGCUCUGGGUGCUGCCAGCACAAGCAGGGGAGACGGGGGAGCAGCCCCUUGCCCCCACACCAGCCCCAGCAGAGCCGGGCAGCAUCUCCCCUGUGGCCGACAGCACCGGUGCCAAGCUGCCUCCGGACCUGGGCACGUGCCAGGCAUUCCCCACCACCACGGCCACCCAGCUGGUGCACCCCUCUCCUGCCGUCAGAACCGCCACCUCUGCGGGCAGCCACGGCUCAGGCAGCCUGGUGCCACAGGUGACGGCGAGAGCGCUGGUCCCAGCCAGGACCAGUGGGCACGCAGUGGGUCUUGCCAUGGGCAGUGGCGGUGCUGGGCCAGCCACAGCCACAUCAUCCCCAGCUCCAGGUGUCCCUGCUGUAAUGGAGACAAGCAAACCACCAUCAAACAGCAGCACUGCUCCCAAGCAGGCUGUGGAAGUGUCCAGAGUGGCUCUAGACAGCAUCCCUGGAGAGCCAGUCCUGGGAACAACUGUCCCCAUGCACAAAGGGACUGUGGCCGAGCCACCCACGGGUGCUGCUGCUGCACUGAGAGGUGCCCCCCCAGCACCAGGCGGAGGUCUGUCCCCACCAGUGGCACACAUCCCAGCUGCUCAACCAGUGCCAGGGACAAAAGCAUCUUCCUCAGUCACUGGCAAAUUGACUGAUGCCAAUGAGUUGGUGCAGCUGGGUGAUGCUGUCACUGCAGAGGAGAUGCGGGGGCCAGCGUGGACCACAGUGCCAUCCCUCCCCCAAGACGAGGACAGCACAGGGACAUCACCUCCCAGCAUUGGCAAGAGCUCUGCUGAGCCACAUGCAACUGCCAUGCUCCCAUCCCAGGAGAUCACACCAGGGCUGGACGAGGCCACCUCACCUCUGGCCACAGCAGCCAGCAUCUCGUGGGAUGCAGGCAGCCCUGUGAAGCCAGCAGCAGCCUCAGCCAGCCCUGCCACUGGCCUCCCCAGGGGUCCCCCCAGUGCAGCCACAGAGGGAGCCAGGAUGGCAGCCCCACUGUCUGCUGACCCCCCAAGCACAUCCUUAGCAAAGGUCACCUUUUCUUCUGCCACCAUUGGCAUCGGCACGGCUACAGAACCAGGGACACGUGCUUUAUCCAAAGCCGACCACAACGCCUCGCAGGACACAGGGAGUGUGCCACCCGCUCAGCUGCCUCCAGCCCUUUCACCCCGGCUCCCCGGUGGUGCCAUGCCAGGCGCAGGAGAGACGCUUCCCCCCAGCCGCAGCGUGGCCCCUGGCACUGCUGGAGAUGGGCUGCCUGGAGCCAACGCCGUCACCCACCCCCAGGCCACUGCACUAGCUCUGGGCACACCAGUUAUGGCAAUGGAUGUCACCGCUGCAGAGCAUGUCCCCACCACGUCAUUCCCAGCUCUGGGAAGCACAGGUGCUGAGCUGGUGUCCGUCAAGAGUGAGCCCAAUGCCAGAGCCACGGCAGGCACCACUUCCCCAGAGACCGAGGCCACCCCAGUGGGGCUCAGCAUGAGGCUGACCCCCCCCACAGCUCCUGUCGGCUCUGGUGGUCCCUCUCCAGUGCCCUUUGCGCACUCCACGGGGUUUCUGCUCGCCCAGACCCCCUCAGCAGGCGCUGGGGCCACCACGGCAGAGGUGGCUGCAGGUGGAUCCCCUCCAGCCAGACCCAGUGUGGCCACAUCCUUAUCCCUCAUGGGUGCUGGUGGAACAAAGCCAGAUGGGGCCCCUCGAGCCACUGCUGCGCCAACAUCUUCCCUCGGUGUGUAUGGCAUCAGGACUGGGCCAGCUGCCAAGCCGUUCUCCCUCGUUAACAACACUCCAAUUAGUGAAGUAGGGGUGGGAACAGCAUUGCUGGCCAGUGACAAUGCCGCCACAAUGCUGUGGGACACCGGAGCCACCCCAGCUGUGCCUGAUGCAUCUCCCAGCCGCAGCCAGCCUGGUCCCCCUGCAGGCUCAGCACCCCCAGGAACUGGUGUCAUCCCUAGACCUGCACUAGCUCCACCGCUCCGGGCUGGGCCCCAACAUGGGGCAGCGACGUGGUCACCCAGCGCUGUGCCAGCCACGGGCACAACUGUGCCAGCCACGCCAGGACUACACAGAGAAGCCAGCAUCCCCGUGGCAUUGCAAGCAGGUAUCCCCCCGCUCCUGGAAGGCAGUGCUACUGCAGGGAUGGCUCUGGGGGUGUCCCUAUCCAGCAUCCCCCAAGAGACGGCAGCAGGCAUAUCCCCACUGUCUCUGGCCACCCCACCAUCAGCAAUGGGUGCUUCAGGUGACCCCCACCCCGAUCGCAGCACUGCGGGGCAAGCAGUGGGGAUGACGUCCCUGAAGGUGGCCACAGAGGAGAACCCAGGUGCCAGUGCAGUGGGGCCAGCUCCCAGCCAUGCAGUUGUCACUGGCGGGCCAUCACCAGAGCCACCUGCCCGAGGGACCGAUGCUCCUGAAACCAGACCCCCAGCAGAUCUGCCUCUCCUGGCUCCCAGGGGCGGUCGCUCGGCCCCACCAGCCAUGGCUAACCCCAGCCCAGCGCUGGCCACAGCCAGCCCCCUCCCCAGCACCGCGACUGGCAAGACACCCCAGCCCACGACACCACCGCCCCCUGAAAAUGCAGCCGUGGAGGGAGGCAGGGACAGAUCCCAGCCGGCGGGACAUGGCAGCACCACGCAGGCAGCUCCGGGCUCAACCCCGGUUGAAAACUCAAGGGCGAAUGCCACGACGGGCAUCCCCGACAGCGGUCACACCACUCUGGGGACAGCCCCACCGUCGUCAGCCCCUGCCACAGCCAGUGUCACUGCUCAGCCAAGCAUGGCUGCAUCGGACCACGGCUAUCACGCUGCUGAGCCCACCACGGACAUGGACACAGGCACGGACUUGGACAUGGACGCAGUUUCUCCUGCCAUGGGGAACAGGGCUGUGGGGCUGCCCACUGCCAUGGCUGGGGCGGCUGAGCCAGGCACCAGCGAUGCCACCCCCUUGGCGCGCUCUGCCCCAGGCAGCAAAAGCCCUAUGGCAGUGGCCAUCAUGGGCACGGUGUCACCCACAGCUCCGGAGCCGGUUAUAGCACCUUCCCCUGGCCUCGCUCACAACACUGCUGAAGCAGGUGUCGCUGUGUCCCCUCCUGUCCCCAGGAAUACCCAUCCACUGGUGGUGACACCCUCUGUCACCCCCAGCAUCACCAUCGCUGGUCCAGCAGCAGGAGCAGGUGAUGCCAGCUUUGACAGGGUCACAACACCCCCCUCUGUUGUCCCCAGCAGUGCCUCCACUCCACACAGCCCCCAUGUCACCCCGAGGCCAUCCCCUGAGGCCACCGACAGCACCCAUGACCCAGCCUCAAUGGGUCUCAGCCUGGUCACUGAGGACGAGCCCAUGGCCAGGGUCUCCUCACUGGCUGUUGGCCACACACAUGCAUGGGAGACUACAGCCGUAUCCCGGUCAGAUGCUGGGGGGGGUACCACCUCCCGGGGACACACCACCCCCUCUGAAAGCGGUGCCGAGGGUGCAGCACCCCUAGCCAGCACCAGCAGCACCCAUGUGCCUGUCUCCAACACUGCUGGCAGGAGCCCAGCCACCAUGCCAGCCACCAGCAUGUUCCCCAGCAACACCAUCCCACCAGCCACCUCAGCCAGCGGGGAGACAUUCGUGGUGACCGGGGCCACCACAGCCAUGCCGUCUGCCCCAGCGAAGGCCACCAGCACCAGCAGUGUCCUGUCCCUUGCUGUAACACGCAACAAGGCAGGCAGAAGCGGGCAACCUGUCCUAUCCCCAGCAGAACGUAACCCCUCAGUGGAAACAACUGCCGGGUCCUGGAGCGUCCUCAGUCCCAGCCCUGCCAUCGCUGUGCCCAGUUCACCCCUCCCCAGCCUGCACAGCCCAGCGGAGGGGCCAGCAACAGCCCCCUCGUCCCUGCUUGGUGUUGGUGCAAGCAGGGAAUCGGCAGCCGGAUGGGCCUCCUCUGAGCCAGCAACAGGCACCUCUUCUCCCAUGGCUGUCGGCAGCCAUGCCAUGGGACGGGCAGCGAGCUCGUCAUCUCCCAGCUUCUGGACACCUCUAGGGGCACCUGCCCGGGGGGGGAAAACAGCCAUCACUGCAGGCAGCACCACAGCCAUUGCUGCAGGCAGUGCAGCAGCCAUGACUGCAGGGAGCACCACGGCCAUCACCGCAGGCAGCACCAUGGCCAUGACUGCAGGGAGCACCACAGCCAUCACCGCAGGCAGCGCAGCGGCCAUUGCUGCUGGGAGCACCACAGCCAUCACUGCAGGGACCACCACAGGGAGCACCACAGCCAUGACUGCAGGCAGCACCACAGCCAUCACUACAGGCAGCACCGCGGCCAUUGGCGCAGGGAGCACCACAGCCAUCACCGCAGGGACCACCACAGCCGUCAUUGCAGGCAGCACCACAGCCAUCUCUGCAAGAAGCACCACAGCCAUCACCGCAGGGAGCACGACGGCCAUCACUGCAGGGACCACCACAGACAUCGCUGCAGGCAGCACCACAGCCAUUGCUGCAGGCAGUGCAGCAGCCAUCACUGCAGGGAGCACCACGGCCGUCGCUGCAGGCAGCACCAUGGCCAUGACUGCAGGGAGCACCACGGCCAUCACUGCAGGCAGCGCAGCGGCCAUCGCUGCAAGGAGCACCACAGCCAUCACUGCAGGCACCGCCACAGCCAUCACUGCAGGGACCACCACAGCCAUCACUGCAGGCACCACCACAGCCAUCACUGCCGGCAGCACCACAGCCAUCUCUGCAAGAAGCACCACAGCCAUCACUGCAGGCAGCACCACAGCCAUCUCUGCAAGAAGCACCACAGCCAUUGCUGCAGGCAGUGCCACGGCCAUUGCUGCAGGCAGCACCACGGCCAUCGCUGCCAGGAGCAGCAAAGCCAUCACUGCCGGCAGCACCACAGCCAUCUCUGCAAGAAGCACCACAGUCAUCACUGCAGGCAGCACCACAGCCAUCUCUGCAAGAAGCACCACAGCCAUUGCUGCAGGCAGUGCCACGGCCAUUGCUGCAGGCAGCACCACGGCCAUCGCUGCCAGGAGCAGCAAAGCCAUCACUGCAGGCAGCACCACAGCCAUCACUGCAGGGAGCACCGUGGCUGUUGCACCCACAGCCCCAGUGAGCCCAGCCAAGGAGGUGGGAGGUCUCCCAGCCCCAGGCACCGUGGCACCAGUGGGACCACCAGCCACCACCAGUCCUGCCACCACCCCAUCUCCUGCCUUUGGGACGCAGAGGGGACUGGCCACAGCACCAAGCACAACUGCCCACACCACUGCUGGCCAUAGAAAUCCUGUCCCUGAGCCCCAGCCAUCCCACGGCCUUAUCAUGCCAGCGGCCUCACUCUACCCCUUUGGCAUGGAGGGAGGGGACCAAGAGUGCGUCCAGAGGAUGGUGGAUUUUAACUCCCCCCUGUUCAAGCCAGAGAUUGGAUUCCCCUUUGGGAAGUCGCUGCGGGAUGCUCUCUAUUUUACAGAUAAUGGACAGAUCAUUUUCCCACCCACGGACAACUACGUCCUCUCCAACCCUAAUCCACCUCCUCGGGGCUUCAGCGGCUGGGAGGGUUUGCCGAUGGUGGCCGCCUUUUGGGACGACGCAGAUUUCUCCCAGGGUGUCGGCACCACCUGGUACCAGGAGUACUCCACCCUCAGCUCUGCCCAAGACCCCCUUGUCCAUGACGUGGAAGCAAAGAUUGAGAAAUACCUGAAAACCCCCUACAUAGCAAAAUGGACCUUGAAGGUGACAUGGGAGAAGGCUCCGGCAUACCCGUCCCAGCGGGAUGACACUCAGACGAGCACCUACCAGGCAGUCCUCACCACCGAUGGGAACCAUUCUUUCGCCCUACUGCUCUACCAGGACGGCGGGAUGCGGUGGGACUACACCAAGCUGGCUGAGGGCAACGUGCUGAUCGGCUUCUCCAGCGGUGAUGGCUAUGCCCAAAAUAACGAGCUGACACAAAAACCACCAGCUGUCAAGUACCGACCCGACCAGCACAGCAGCACUGGCACUGGUGUGCGCGGGCUGUGGAUAUACAGGCUGGACAGUCGUUCCCGGGUGAACUAUAGGCUGCAGUGCCUGGCGUGGCUGGAUGCAGAGCCAGCACCGGCCACCUGGAAUGACCAGCUGCCGCCAUGCCCCUGCUCCCAACCCCAGGCAGAGCUGGAUCCCCGCUACCGCCGGAGCAAAGGCCUGGCGGACACCUCUGUGAGGAUGCUGCGCACUGCAUCCCCCAGCCCGGCCGGAGCCGGGGUGCGGUGUCUGUAUCAAGGUGGGAGCUUGCUCGAAGGCUGGCAGGAGAGAGCAUGGAGCCUCCCCAUCCACCCUGCCACUGACGGGGAGCUGGAGGCAUUCGACUGGUGCUGCCGGCGCGUGGGGAAGCCUCUGUUCUGUGCCAGGUUUGCUGAGAAGAGACCGAGGGUCGGCUGUGAGGGAUAUGUGCCACCCACCCCCGCUGGUGCCUUCGGGGACCCCCACAUUACCACCCUGGAUGGACUCACCUACACCUUCAAUGGGCUCGGAGACUUUGUCCUGCUGCUGGCCAGUGAUGCCCAGACCAGCUUCGUGCUGCAUGGGCGCACGGCCCGGACUGGCACGGCCCAGGCCACCAACUUCAUGGCCUUUGCUGCCCAGUAUAACUCUGCCACCACCACAACAGUUGAGUGGACCUUGGGGAACCAGGGUGACAUCCAAGUCCUCCUGAAUGAUGAAACCAUCCAGUUUUCCUAUUCCCAAGACAUGGGUGCUGAGGUGUACUACAGCCCCGGUGUCCUGCUGGUCAAUGCCUCCUCCAUCAUGGCCGUCUUCGAUGGGGCCAUUGCUGUCUCCAUCUCGGCAGCCUCCGGGAUCCUCAGCGUGGUCUGCAGCCUGCCUGAUCGGUACCGCAACAGCACCAAGGGCCUCCUGGGUGUGUGGGACCAUGACCCCGCAGAUGACUUCCAGAUGCCAAAUGGAACCAGCAUCCCUGUGAACAGCAGCGAGGAGGAGAUCUACAGCUACGGGAUGACCUGGGCUGUUGGAGAGCACAGCCUGUUUGCUCAGCCUCUGGACUCACCUGUAAUGAACUUCACACCCAUCUUCUUGUCUCAACUGCGGCAGGAUAAUGAAAGCCAGUACCAGCUGGCAGCCUCACGGUGCCAUGGCAGCAAGGAGUGCAUCUACGAUUCACUGAGCACAGGGGAUGUGGCCCUGGGCCUGGCGACCCAGAUCCUCGCAGCCGACUUCCAGCAGAAGAAGGCAGUACUCAAUGCCUUCCCUCCCGUCAUCACCGGUGACGCGUCACUCACAGCCUUCAGGACAGAAAGGGUCAGGAGGCAGUACCGUGCUGUGGGGGUGGGCGCACGCUUUGUCCCCCACCUCUCGCCAGAGCUCAACAUAUCAGAGAGCGGCACCCUGACGUGGGAGCCCCACAGGACGGCCCCGCUCACCGUCAGCCUGGAGGCUGUUGGGUCCAACAACCUCUCCACCCUCCUCCAGCUCCGCUUCACCCUUUGCAGCUGCAGCAGGAGCCAGGAGUGCGACUACAGCGACACUGUCACCCUCGGGGGGUCCUCCCUGCAGCUGGCAGCCUGCAGGUGCGAGGGCGGCUACUCGGGUCCCUUCUGCCAGGACCCUCCGGACCCCUGCGCACAGGGAUGCUUCCCCGGCGUGGGCUGUGACUCGCGCACCGGCUGCGGCCCCUGCCCGGCUGGCCUGACGGGUGACGGGCGGCACUGCUCAGAUAUCGAUGAGUGUGCACAGGGAAUGGCGUGCCCGGGGAAUGCCACUUGCACCAACACGGUGGGCAGCUACACCUGCUCCUGCCCGCCUGGCGAGGAGGGCGAGGGGCCAGGCUGUGGCUCAGCCUGCGGCUCCCGCUCCUGUCCCGAGGGCUACUGCAGCAACGGGGGACACUGCCACCUGCACCCCGUCACCUGCACCCCCGCCUGCGCCUGCCCCCCGGCUUUCACCGACCAGCAGUGCCUGGUGGCAGGGGGGGAUUUUUGGCCGCUGCCCAGCACAGAUCUCCCCCGGAGAAGCGUCCAGCUGCGGGUCAGGACGCUGCAAAAUGCCACUGCUGGGGAAGUCAAUGGCACCGUCUCAGCCAUCCUGGACUCCCUGGAGGUAAAGGCUUUCCAGAGCAACACCAACAUCACCCAGAUGACAGACGGUGACGGCUUCACCUUCACGGUGGUGUCCGAGUUUGCCUAUGAUAGCCGCAGCACCGUCAUCCGGUUCCUGAACGAUUUGCUGCCGGGGGCCAUCACCAGCGCCUUCAACGGGAAGCGGGGGCGGCGGGAGGCGGGCACGCACCUCCUCUUCCAGCACCUGCACCGGGACAACAUCACCGACCUGGUGAAGCUGACAGUGGCUGAGCUGAGGCACUAUUUCCCCUGCGGUCUGUACGGCUACAAAGGCUACCAGCUCCACUACGUGGGGACCAUCGGCUUUGUCUGCAUCUCCCCUUGCAAGAUGGGCUACUGCCAGCACGGCGGCCAGUGCCAGCACCUGCCUGAGGGACCCACGUGCAGCUGCCUCCCCUUCUCCAUCUUCUCCCCCACCGGCGCCCAGUGCGAGCGGCUGGCCGUCAGCCUCGCCGCCUUCCUCGGCAUCUUGCUGGGAGCCCUGGCUCUGCUCUGCCUCCUGCUCGCCGUCGCCUGCCUGGCCUUGCGCCUCUGCCGCCGGCACUGCCACCGGCACCGGGGGGCCAAGGAGACCUUCUGGAGGCCACGGCCCUUCUCCUCUCUGACAACGGCAGGAGAGCGAGCAGAGCCCACCCGCUCCCACUCCCUGGAAAGGCGUUGGGAACUGCAGCUCCAGGCCAUCGACCCCUCAGUCCAGAUAAGGAUCCAGAGACCCCACGUCAGGCUUCCGAGCCAGCCCCCCCAGCAGCCCUAGCCUGCCACCAGUCCUGCCCCGCUGCCUCCGGGCUCACGGAGGAGCCAGCCGCUGCUGCCAGCCCUGCUGCCCGCUCUCGGGGUCUCCAGCAAUGGUGCCUGCGUGGAGGCAGAGGAUGGGCAGCUGCCUUUUGGGAUCUGGUCUUUGUGGGAGGAUUCACUCUGGAGGAGGCGCUUUUUUUGAAUGGAAAAUGUGGGUUUAUGUUGGGUGGCCAAAGCAAGAAGAUUUCACCUUCCCCUGAGGACCUGCAGAGGCAACUGGGACAGUCCUUGAGUGUGUCUGCACCGGGGUAUGCCCUAGUGCAGUGUAACUGGACCCGGCAGAGCCACUGAUAGCAGACUCAGGUGGGGCAAUGCAGUGAUUAUAACCUGUUAGGAGCAAAAUAGAAUAAACC